GCGCUCGCGCACCCGGCCGCCGCCGCCCUCCGCUCCCGCGCGCCGCUCCCGGCGGGGUAAUUCUAAUUAUCAACCAGCACUGGCAACCACUGAUAAUAAGGAGAUAGAAGAGAGAAAAUUGUACUGACCUGAUCCCAUUCCUAAAAACCCAUUGCAAGAGGCUGUAAACCCUGUGGAAAAUGGCCUUCAGUGAUCUUACAUCCAGAACUGUGCGUCUUUAUGAUAAUUGGAUCAAAGAUGCUGAUCCAAGAGUUGAGAACUGGUUCCUCAUGUCCUCACCGCUGCCACAAACCAUCAUCCUGGGAUUCUAUGUCUAUUUUGUCACUUCCCUAGGACCAAAGAUCAUGGAGAAUCGAAAGCCCUUUGAACUCAAGAAAGCGAUGAUAACAUACAAUUUUCUCAUAGUACUCUUUUCUGUGUAUAUGUGUUAUGAGUUUGUGAUGUCUGGCUGGGGUACAGGUUAUUCAUUUCGAUGUGAAAUUGUUGACUAUUCACUGUCACCUACGGCAUUGAGGAUGGCGCGCACCUGCUGGCUUUAUUACUUCUCCAAAUUUAUUGAGCUAUUAGAUACUAUCUUUUUUGUUCUACGUAAGAAAAAUAGCCAAGUGACUUUCCUGCAUGUCUUCCAUCAUACCAUCAUGCCAUGGACCUGGUGGUUUGGAGUCAAAUUUGCUGCAGGUAGCCAAGGGAGAGCUGGGAUCAUGUGUUAUCAAUGAUGACAUUUCUGUUUGUUAUAAACACAAAUUUUAUCCUUAAAUGUGAGUUAAAAGAAACUCAAAACAUCCAAAAAUCACUUUGAUCAAACUUAUGACUUCUUAUUACCUGACACAUCAAUGUAGGACUCCUACCCAGAUCCCUCCCACCCUCUACUCUUUAGAUAUGACUUUUGGGUACAGUCUUCUACAUGUACACUUUAGUUGUUUUGUUUGGAUUUUUUUCUGCUCCCAUAAAGGUCUAUUAAAUGUCUUUAAAUAACAAAUAAAAGAAUAAAUGAAAUGGUAAAAGCUUUGGCUUUAUCGGAAUAUGACUGGAUAUAUUUUCUUUAAGUUAGUUUCCUAUGACUUCCUAAAGGGAAGUUUGUUUGUCUCAAAUUCCAUGUCUUCUUUGCCUUCAAAUUGCUGAUAACUAAUUCACACUCUAUCCCCUAGCAACUCUUUAAAUAUUUAUCAAAUUACAGUUGUCUCAACUCUGGACAUCCCACUAUAUCAAAGGAUGUUUUGACAUUUUAGGUAAAAGGUGGUUUAAAUCAAAAGCUUG